AUGGCGACUACAAACGGGACAACAGGACGAGCUUCGUCCGUGGCCUCGAGCUCGGGUAGUUUCGUCGAUGCGUCCGGGUACAAGUACUCCGAGAAGGACAUGAAGCCCGGCAAGAUCAAGUUGAAGAAGCAAGCAUCCGGCAAGGCUGUCAAGGCCGGCAGCAAGCCGGAGCCGCCUGGAAAUGACGUUGACGCUCCCGGUUCGCCCGAUUCAUCCCCGAUCCUCCCAGAGAUGGAUGAGAAGACCAUGGCCUCUUUUCCGUCUGGAAAACCCCGAGAAGAUCAAAUCGAAACUGUUAUAUGCAAGCACUGCAAACGGCCGGUGUUGAAGCAAGCGGCUGCCGAGCAUAUACGCGGUUGUUUGAAAGCCAAACAGGAGAAGGCCCGGAAGAAGAAGGAGGCCCGCGAUGCGAAGAACCAGGCCAAGGAAGCGGUUGCCGACAAGGAUGGCGACGACAAGGCAGACGAUGACAAGGCGGGAGAUGCGGACGAUGCUGUCAACGGUCAGAAGAGCGCAAAGAAGAGCGCCGUCAAAGGGACGGCCGAUGACGGCACGAAGAAAGGCAAGAAGCGCAAGGCUGACGGCGAGGAAGAGAAGGAGAAGGAGCCCAAGAAGAAGAAAAAGAAGGAGGAGCCUAAACCCAAGGUCCCGAAACCAAAAGGGCCCGUCGACGUCGAAAAGCAGUGUGGUGUCACCCUUCCUAAUGGUGCCCAGUGUGCGCGGUCUCUCACCUGCAAGAGCCAUUCGAUGGGCGCUAAGCGUGCUGUGCCUGGGCGGUCUUUGCCCUAUGACAUGCUCCUCCAGGCGUACCAGAAGAAGAAUCAGGCCCGGCAGCAAAAAGCUGCAAUCGAUGCGAACGCACCGCUUCAGGACGACUUUGACAAUAAUGGCCCCGUGGAUUCUGACGAAGAGCGGGAUGCCGUCAUGGCUGCCAUCUCCCGUUCAUGUCCUCGACCUCUGGAGACACACGUAUUGAUGCCGACGAGAAAGAAAUAUCACUAUGUUCGGAUGAAGGAGAUGCUGUCGAAUGUCCUAGGGGGUGCUCGAGGCGGAGGCCUAUUCUCUACCGGAGACUCGACUGCCCAGGGUGGCAGGGGUUUGUUCCAGUCUGCCGAAAGCCCAACUUUGACGUCUCCAACUGUGCCUGAGGCGUCGGCUGAUUCGUCCAAGAAGGCGGCCGCGACGCAAUCGAGCACAUCCAAUCGCCCCGCUACAAAUCCCCCUGCAAAGACUGCCGUCGCGGCAACUUCGUAG